CACCUGUGUUCCAAGUGCCCACCCAUCUUGAAACUAACGUUCUCUCACAUUUGACUUCCAGGCUCUAUGUGUGGACGCUGAGCAAGGAGCACACCAAAUACACCAUUAGCCACAAUGACGCCAUACGCUGUUUUGACGUCAGCAGUGACAGUCUACACGUCAUCACGGGCUCCAAUGACGCCUCGCUGAAGGUGUGGACCAUCGCAGAGGGACGGCUCACCCAGGUGCUGGUGGGCCACGAGGCAGCGGUGACCUGCGUUGCCUACCCUGCCUAUGUUAGUCACACGGCCGCGUCAGGCGGAGACGACUGCCUAGUCAUGGCCUGGGACGUAGGCACAGGUCAGACCCGUCAGGUGAUUCGGGACCACACGGCACCAGUGACAGCAGUCAGCAUGACGGCGGACGCCGGGAUGAUUAUAUCAGGUUCCGUGACGGGCUGGGUGUACGUCCACAAGACGGUCUCUGGCUACUGCGUGACGUCCAUUGCUCUCCACAAGGCCGUGGCGGGCCUCUGUAUCUCCGCAGACGCCGGCAAAAUUGUCGCCAGGCUGCAGAAUAGCAUGUACUUUGCCCUGCUGAGUUUCCUCAACGUACCUCCGCUGGCUCCGCGGGCCCGGCCAAGAGCCGUGGUUCAGCCAAUCACAGAGGGCCGACGGGGCGCCGAGGCCACCGCUUCCCCGGCCGCCAGCCGCCGGCCGCCGCCGCACCGGCGCGCACUCAAAAAGGGCAUCUCCCUGGACACUUACACCUGGCAGAGAAAGUACGGCGGACUGCUCAGCAAAAUGGCGCCACUGUCUCCGGUGAAUGGGGAGAAACCCAGGAGGAAAAUUGGGGAGGAGGAGGUACGAAUGUGUCCCGAAGGAGGCACCAUUCACCCCAGUCAGAUGCCCGCCGGUGUGUCCCGUCGGACCGACUCCCGUGAGCAGCUGGCGGCGCCCCCAGCACCGGAGAACGGCUCGUCCCGCGUGGCGCCGCCGCCGCCGCCCGUAUCAACGCCCAAAAAGCGGGAGCUGAACCGCACCAGUACCGCUCUGGUUCUCACAAUGCCCCGUCGCGCCGAGGAGCCGGCCGGCGGCGCGGGGCCCUCCUCGGCCGUGCCCGAGUCUCUACUGCGACUGCGGAGAUCCACCGCAGGCUGUGGGCCCACAGCUGACGCCCUCCGUGACCUGAUGCAGCUUCUGCAGAGGCCCGGAGGCCAGCAGGGCAGCACGUCCAAGUUCUGCAGCAUCCUGUGACAGCGACUGGAGCAGCGAGGAGUGGCGGAGGAGGAGCUGAGGGAAGCGGAGGAGAUUGAAGAGGAGUAGCAAUAGUGGAUGGGUGUGGGGAGUUGUGGUGAGCCGUGAGGUAGCGCGGGACUAGUGCCUGAAUCCCACGCCGGCUAAUGGGGCAGAGAGAGGUGUGUUUUGGUGGGUUGGGUGUUGCGAUUUCUGCGGAAAGGGAACUAAUAACACUGGAGAAUUUGCGUGUCGGUAUUUGAGGAAGAACACUCUGUUCUUUUCACAGCUAUAGUUUGACAGUCGCCGCUGCUGUCAAAGUUUGGAAUUGAUUCUAGUCAAAUGAUACACAUAACUUACGAUGAAAAAUCUUACGUGAGCCAUAUGGAUGAAAACGCAAAACUAGCUCGUCAACUAUGUCUGCGUGAUGCGUCGUUACUUUUAUUUGAACUUAGUUGCUCCUUGACUGCGUAUGCCAUCGUUUUAUUGUGACAUGUUUUACAAAGCUAAGUAGCUCUCUUACGUCGUGCAAUAAUAUCAAUGUGUAAUGUUGUAAUUGAUAUUAGCAGUCAUUUUCGGAGCUGCUUUGUGCUAUGAGUUUUUUUAUCAUUUCUUACUUCCUUUUAGUUUUGAGUAUGUUUUCUCUUUUUAGUUCUUCUUUACGUGUAAACAGUUCAUUUAAACACGUAACCGAAUGCUAGUUAGUUUACGUGCGCCGGAAACAAAACAACGGUUACAAUUUUGCCGUCACCACACGUAUGCCAAAGCUGAUA